GAUCGGCCCAUCCACCACGAGAUCAUCCUCGAGGAUGGGGCCGUACCUCCGCGUGGUUGCAUCUACCGCAUGAGCGAGGAAGAGUUAAGUGUGCUAAGGGCACAACUCGACGACUUUCUCGAGAAAGGCUGGAUUCGACCUAGCUCUUCGCCAUACGGUGCUCCCGUUCUCUUCGUCCGGAAGAAGAACAAGGAAUUGCGGUUGUGCAUCGGUUAUCACAAGCUCAACGCGCAAACCGUCAAGAACGCCAGCCCGCUUCCGCACAUCGACGACCUCCUCGAACGACUGGGCGGCGCCAAGUUCUUCUCCAAGUUUGACCUCAAAUCGGGAUAUCACCAACUCGAGAUCCGGCAGGAGGACCGCUACAAGACCGCGUUUAAGACGCGAUAUGGGCAUUUCGAAUGGCUGGUUAUGCCUUUUGGCCUUACGAAUGCCCCGGUCACAUUCCAAGCGGCUAUGACAACGGAGUUCCGACACAUGCUGGAUAGAUUCGUACUCAUCUAUCUCGACGACAUUUUGGUGUACAGCCGGAGUUUGGACGAGCAUGUGGAGCACCUGCGCACUGUUUUGGAGCGGCUACGACAAGCCAAGUACAAAGCCAACCGCGACAAAUGCGAAUUCGCGCGCCACGGCGUGCCGGAAGACAUCGUCAGUGACCGAGACACUUGCUUCAUGUCGACAUCUUGGACUGCUCUCAUGCAGGAAUCCGGCACGAAGAUGAAACCAAGUUCGGCUCGGCAUCCACAAACGGACGGGCAAACGGAGCGGGCACAUCAAACUGCUCAAAUGAUGCUUCGUACGCUCAUCCGCCCGGAUCAGAAGGAUUGGGUUGACCGCCUCCCCGACAUCGAGUUCGCCUACAACACUUCGUUGCAUCCGGCGAUCGGCGUGACUCCAUUCGAGUUGCACCACGGUGGCCGGAAAGGUCAUAUCUUCGCUGAUCUUCUCCUCCCACGAACAACCGAUAUAGAGGUUGCUUGCUCCCCCGCUUCUGUCCGGAAGUACAGGGAAUUGUUGGCUCAAGCCCGCACGAACAUGCAAAAGGUUCAAGUCCGCAUGCAGCAGCAAGCCAACAGGCAUCGCGUGCCAUGUCCCAUCCGCGCCGGUGAUCUGGUGUGGGUCUUCGCGGAAGAGUUUGCACUUGAACAGGAUGUUUCACACAAACUGCUUCCCAAGUGGUUUGGACCAUGGCCCUUAACAUCAGCCGCGGGCGAUGAGCCCAAUGGCCCCUCAUUUGUGAUCAACAUCCCCCCGCAUCUGACGGUCCAUCCAGUCUUUCACGCCUCGAAGCUGGCAACCUAUACACCAGCUAAGAGCGACGAUUUCCCGGGCCGACGAUCGCAGGACCCUCCAACUAUGGAUGGUCAUCAGGAAGUUGACCGCGUCAUCACGGAUCGCAAGUACGGCAGCAAGCCUCGACUGUACAAAGUUACAUUCAAAGCAUGCGAUCCCGACGACACUCGAUGGAUUUCAGGAACAGAUUUGAAAGCAUCCGCACCGCUGAUCUACGCUCACUACGAGCAACAAAGGUUAGCUUAGGGAACUUCACGAUCUGCCCCUCCCACCCGGACUGUGGUCCCUCCCUCAGACAGACAGCUUCGCCCUCGCAGGUAA